CACCUGGGAUCUCCUGGCUGCCCACACAGCUUCGGCUUGUCCCCAGAACCUCUGAAGUCCCUCUCGUCAACCGCACCCAUGCUUCUGGCGCGAAUGAACCCGCAGGUGCAGCCUGAGCUCAGCGGGGCGGACCUGGAGCCAGAGCAGCCCCUGCGGGCGUGCAAAACUGCAGACCUGCUGGUGGUGAAGCAGCGCAACGGCGUCCAGUGUCUCCUGGCGUCCCAGGGCCGAGCCGCCCAACCCCGGGAAACCUGGGGCAAGAAGAUCGACUUCCUGCUGUCUGUGGUCGGUUUCGCUGUGGACCUAGCCAACGUGUGGCGCUUCCCUUACCUCUGCUACAAGAACGGUGGCGGUGCCUUUCUGAUCCCAUACACACUGUUCCUCAUUAUCGCUGGGAUGCCUCUGUUUUACAUGGAACUGGCUCUGGGGCAGUACAACCGAGAAGGGGCGGCCACAGUGUGGAAGAUCUGCCCUUUCUUCAAAGGAGUUGGCUAUGCUGUGAUCCUCAUCGCCCUGUAUGUUGGCUUCUACUACAAUGUCAUCAUCGCCUGGUCACUCUACUACCUCUUCGCCUCCUUCACCUUAAAUCUGCCCUGGACUGACUGUGGUCAUGCCUGGAACAGCCCCAACUGCACCGACCCCAAACUCCUCAAUGCCUCUGUGCUGGGCAACCACACCAAGUACUCCAAGUACAAGUUCACACCAGCAGCAGAGUUUUAUGAGCGUGGUGUCCUGCACCUUCAUGAGAGCAGUGGGAUUCAUGACAUUGGCCUGCCCCAGUGGCAACUCCUGCUCUGUCUGCUGGUUGUCGUCAUCAUCCUGUAUUUCAGCCUCUGGAAAGGAGUGAAGUCAUCAGGAAAGGUCGUGUGGAUCACUGCCACGCUGCCCUACUUCGUGCUGUUUGUGCUCCUGGUCCACGGGGUCACGCUGCCCGGUGCCUCCAAUGGCAUCAAUGCCUACCUGCACAUUGAUUUCUACCGCCUAAAAGAGGCCACGGUAUGGAUUGAUGCUGCAACUCAGAUAUUUUUUUCCUUGGGGGCUGGAUUUGGAGUCUUGAUUGCAUUUGCCAGUUACAACAAAUUUGACAACAACUGUUACAGGGAUGCUCUGCUGACCAGCACCAUCAACUGUGUCACCAGCUUCAUCUCUGGGUUUGCCAUCUUCUCCAUCCUCGGUUACAUGGCCCAUGAACACAAUGUCAACAUCGAGGAUGUUGCCACUGAAGGAGCUGGCCUCGUGUUCAUCCUGUAUCCAGAAGCCAUUUCCACUCUGUCUGGAUCUACGUUCUGGGCUGUUGUGUUUUUCGUCAUGCUCCUGGCUCUGGGCCUUGACAGCUCAAUGGGAGGCAUGGAGGCUGUCAUCACGGGACUGGCUGAUGACUUCCAGAUCCUGAAGCGACACCGGAAACUCUUUACAUUUGGUGUCACCAUUGGCACCUUCCUUCUGGCCCUGUUUUGCAUAACCAAGGGUGGGAUUUACGUGCUGACUCUGCUGGACACCUUUGCUGCGGGUACCUCCAUCCUGUUUGCUGUGCUUAUGGAAGCCAUUGGAGUUUCCUGGUUUUAUGGUGUGGACAGAUUCAGCAAUGACAUCCAACAGAUGAUGGGGUUUAGGCCAGGUCUGUACUGGAGACUGUGCUGGAAGUUCGUCAGCCCUGCCUUCCUCCUGUUUGUGGUGGUGGUCAGUAUCAUCAACUUCAAGCCUCUCACCUAUGACGACUAUGUCUUCCCACCCUGGGCCAACUGGGUUGGAUGGGGCAUCGCCCUCUCGUCCAUGGUUCUGGUACCCGUCUACGUCAUCUUCAAGUUCCUCAGCAUGCGGGGCUCCCUUUGGGAGAGACUGGCUUAUGGCAUCACGCCGGAGAACGAGCACCAUCUGGUGGCCCAGAGGGAUGUCAGGCAGUUCCAGCUACAGCACUGGCUGGCCAUCUGAACCUGGCCUCGAGGAGGAGGAACCUGCCGUGCCAACGUCCAGGUCCAAGGCACCGGCUUUGCUCCCACCUGGACACUGUCUUGGGAUUCUCUUCUUUUCCCAGUUACCAAUGAUUUUGUGACUCUGGUUUUUGUCCACGUUCUGUUCAUCUGGCUUGAGGGUUGUGAGCACGGAGGACUGGUGAGCCUUGAGGAAGAGGAGGAGAGGAGGAAAAUGACUCUGGGAACCCUCUGGCUGUGGGGUAGUCUCAACACUUUGGGAGCCUGCCAGAACUGAGGGCCAUGACUUGGGCAGAAUUCCCUAUACGAUAGCUUGUACUUUGGGCCACAGAAGAACUCCUCAUUUCACCAAAUCUGAGAGAAGAUGGGCCUUUGAUCAGACACCAAAAAGCCAACAAAAGCUAAGCUGAG